CCCUAAAAUAUAUAUAUAUUAUUGCCUUAUAACCCAUGUUGGCUAGUCAUAGGGAUGAAAGUAUAUUGUUCUGUUUCCUCUAUUUCUUCUUCUUUCUCAUCAUAAAAAUUAAACAAAGCAAGCAAAGACGCUAGCUUUAAUCUGUCUGUCUGCCUGAAAGAAAAUGGAACUGAGAAGACCUGCUGCCAUGAACAGAAGAUUGAGCAGACAGAAUCCAGAUAUUUUGGUUGUGAUAACUGCAGAGCAUCAGCAGCAGAUAAUGAGAGGCUCUGAGAAGGACAAACCAGAUCAACCCAAAACCAAAACCCUUCAGAUUGUGAUGAUGAAACCCAAUGAUCUCCUCUCCUCUGUCUUUUAUCUGAAGUUGAAACGGUGCCGAGAACUUCUUUAACAAUGCCCCCCAAGGUACUGUAGAAAAAGAACAUAAACUAGCUUGAAGAAAUGGAAAAUGAUCAUCCGAAUCAUCGAAAUAUAGAUGGGACAUUAGCUCAUAUAAUCUCGGCCCCAUCUUCACAAUUCUAUAAUAGAAAUCAUAAUCAACAAAUCAUGGAUGGACUUGCUGCUAUUCCAAUCUUACAGGGUGAACUAAUGAACAAUGUUGAAGAUUAUAGCUUUCAAAGAAACUUUCCUCUUGCAAGGGGAAUGGUUUCAGAUCACUUGCCUCCUUUAGCAGAAACUGAAAUUCAUGACCAAUUUGCAUCUCUAUUCUCCCUUCAUAACUAUUCGAACAAUUUGCCAACAUCCUUGGAAAAUUACCCAAAUUCUAUUCAGCCUGAUUAUUUUGGUGUACCGAAAUGGGAUUUCAACAAAGGAUCGGUUUGGUCUGAGGUAAAUGGAUCAUCGUCGUCUGAUCUGGGGCUUCAGCAUGGCCAGUUGACUCAAAAUGUUGAUCCAAACACAUGGGUGAUUGGUAAUAAUGAGCUCUCUCUUAGCUUAGCCACCUAUAAGCCAUCGAUGAUUGGAGGAAUUACGAGAAUUCCUGAUAGAUCCUCGGUGAUAAGUUCUGAUCCAUCAUCUUCCGAUAGCAAGAGUCUUUCGUUGAGUUUUGGAUCGCGAAGUCCUGCCCAAGUUCAUCCACAAUUCUUUUAUGGUUCUAGAUAUCUUGGUGCCAUUCAAGAAAUACUAGCGGAGAUUGCAAUUUACUCGCUUGAUAAUUGUGGAGGAAAUCAGGCAAACAAAAACUAUUUAGUCGAUGCGUUUAGUGACGAUGAGUUUGGUAUUAAUGGCGGAAUCGACAUGUCUCAAUUAAUUCACCAGGGUCAAAAGAACUUAUCGAGGAAAAAACAAUUGUUGUCUCUUCUUCAAUUGGUUGACGAUAAGUAUAACCAAUGCUUGGAUGAGAUCCAUACAGUUAUAUCAGCAUUCCAUGCAGCGACAGAACUGGAUCCUCAUAUUCAUGCUCGUUUCGCUUUACAAACAGUGUCGUCACUUUAUAAGAACUUAAGAGAAAGAAUAAGCAACCAAAUCCUUACAAUGGGAGCAUAUUUUGGUAGUAAUAAUGGAGGUGAAGAAGAUGGAACAACACUUGAUACUUCUUUUAUCCAGAAAAGAUGGGCUCUUCAGCAGCUACGAAGAAAGGAUCAUCAGCUAUGGAGACCGCAAAGAGGGUUACCCGAGAAAUCUGUUUCUGUUUUACGGGCUUGGAUGUUCCAAAAUUUCCUUCACCCAUAUCCGAAAGAUGCUGAGAAGCAUUUGCUGGCGGUUAAGAGCGGUUUAACAAGGAGCCAGGUAUCGAAUUGGUUUAUAAAUGCGCGGGUUCGACUAUGGAAACCAAUGAUAGAGGAUAUGUAUUCGGAGAUGAACAGGAGAAAUAAUAAUCAUAGGAUCGAAGAAGAAACAGACAGCAGUCAGAGAAGAAGCCAGUUGAGCAUUGAGAAUGGAAGUUAUGGAAGAUUUCAAAUGAAUUGAUAUGUUGUGAAUUGUGAUGCAGAGGAGAAGUAUGCUGUUGCAUUUGUGUCUGUCAAUACAGGAAAAUACAAUUUCUUAUAUUUGAUCAGUCAAUAGCAAAGAGCAUUAUUACUAUUAUUAUUAUUAUAUGUGUUAAACAUCGUGAUUCCAAAUGUAAAUAACUAAGGUUUUGCAUUACCUAUUAACCUCCAGUGGUAGUUUGUUACUA